AAGAUGAUGAACAGAAUAUAGUCACAUGUGAAAAGGAAUUAAAAGAAGAUCAUCAAGAGAAUGAAACAACAACUGACAAAGACAUAAUAGAAGUUAAUGAACAGAGUGAAACCACAAGUGAUAAUGAGGUAAUAGAAGAAGAUGAACACAAUGAACCAAGAGGUGAUAAUGAGGUAAUAGAAGAUGAUGAAAAGGAUGAAAACAUAAGUGAUCAUGAGGCAUUAGAAGAUGAUAAACAGAAUCAUACCACAAAAGAUGAUGAACAUAAUGAAACCACAAGUGAUAAUGAGGUAAUAGAAGAUGAUGAACAGAAUGAAAUAGCAAGUGAUAAGGAGGUAAUAGAAGAUGAUGAACACAAUGAAACCACAAGUGAUAAUGAUGUAAUAGACGAUGUUGAACAGAAUGGAGCCACAAGUGAUAAUGAGGUAUUAGAAGGCGAUAAACAGAAUGAAACCACAAAUAAUAAUGAGGUAAUAGAAGAUGAUGAACAGAAUUUAGUCACAUGUGAUAAGGAAGUAAAAGAAGAUCAUCAACAGAAUUUAGUCACAUGUGAUAAGGAAGUAAAAGGAGAUCAUCAACAGAAUGAAACCACAAGUGAUAAUGAG